AUGGUUAAAAUCGGUAUUAAUGGAUUUGGUAGAAUCGGUAGAUUAGUUUUAAGAAUUGCCUUAUCAAGACCAGACAUUGAAGUUGUCGCUGUUAAUGAUCCAUUUAUUGCCACUGACUAUGCUGCUUAUAUGUUCAAAUAUGAUUCUACUCACGGUAGAUAUGAAGGUGAAGUUACUGCUGAUGGUGACGUUUUAGUUAUUGGAGGUAAAAGAAUUCAAGUUUACCAAGAAAGAGAUCCAGUCAACAUUCCAUGGGGUAAAGAAGGUGUUGAAUUCGUCAUUGAAUCCACCGGUAUUUUCACUAAAUUAGAAGGUGCUCAAAAACAUAUUGAUGCUGGUGCCAAAAAAGUUUUGAUUACUGCUCCUUCUGCUGAUGCCCCAAUGUUCGUUGUUGGUGUUAAUCAAGAAAAAUAUACUCCAGACAUCAAGAUUUUCUCCAAUGCUUCAUGUACUACCAAUUGUUUAGCUCCAUUAGCUAAAAUCAUUAAUGAUAACUUUGGUAUUCAAGAUGGUUUAAUGACCACUGUCCACUCAAUGACUGCUACUCAAAAAACUGUCGAUGGUCCAUCCCACAAAGAUUGGAGAGGUGGUAGAACUGCCUCAGGUAAUAUUAUCCCAUCAUCAACUGGUGCUGCUAAAGCUGUUGGUAAAGUUAUUCCAGCUUUAAAUGGUAAAUUAACCGGUAUGGCUUUCAGAGUUCCAACCGUUGAUGUUUCAGUUGUUGAUUUAACCUGUAACUUAGCUAAACCAACCACUUACGAAGAAAUUUGUGAAGUUGUUAAAGCUGCUGCUGAAGGUCCAUUAAAGGGAGUUUUAGGAUACACCACCGAAGCCGUUGUUUCAUCUGAUUUCGUUACUUCAACUUACUCAUCAGUAUUUGAUGCUUCAGCUGGUAUUCAAUUAACCCCAACUUUCGUUAAAUUAGUUGCUUGGUACGAUAACGAAUUCGGUUAUUCUACCAGAGUUGUUGAUUUAUUAGAAUAUGCUGCCAAACAAUAA